UUGCGCUAACAGCGCCGUGGCGCCGACAGAGCUUCUCAGUUUGGUUUCGUUGAUAUGCCAAUGCGAGAUGUGGAAGUUAUUGCUGUGCUCGUAGCCAAACGCUACUGAAUGUACAUUUUAGCCUAAUGUUAUCUGGUGAAGAUGUCGAACAGGGUUCUUAAGAGGCUUCAAGGGUCUAAUGAUCUGGAGAAAUUAGAUGGGCAGUCAGAGACGGAAGAUGAGGCGCCAGCUAUUCCCUCCGCUGAGGCACGUAAAAACAAACAGCUGGCUGCAAAUCGAUUUGAAUUGUUGACUGUGAUGUUGGAUCAUUCUCUGUCGGACACUGAGGCCAAGGAGGAUGACGAUAGAGAAAAUGAACCUUGUUAUUCCUGUGGCGUUACUGCUGCAGCAGACAAACCUGAGGGACAGGCAGCUGGGGCCAUAGAAGCGACUGGAGAUGGUACUCGUGGAAAACUGGAGAAACAGGAUUCCACGCAUAGCACUGACAGUCUCAAGAGGAGGAAGAAGAAAAAGAAAAAGAAGAAGCAGCUACAGAGCCAGCAUAGCCAGGACUGCCUGGACCCCGGUGAAGAUGAAGUGACUGCUUCUGUACAAGAGGUAAACAAGAUCCUGGGAGAACCUGAAUGCCUGCCUGCUGCUUCCUCUUUUGCUUUGACAGCAGGAUCGUUGUCACAUGCCCAGAAGAGCCUCCUCAAUGUGGAUCCACGAAAUUUAAAUGCAGAAAAUGAAAUGAAACGCAUCUUUGGCUCAAAGGUUGUUCAAGCAGAACAGAUAAAAAAACGUGGCAGAAGCCGGGCCCAUGGGAGGUCAACUCUUCUGGUUCCUGGAAAGAACUGGUCGCAUAUAGGCAAGCCUGGUAUAAGCAUGAACUUGUUAGAAACAAAAGGGGAUACCUACUUCUUCACAUUUGAACACAGCAAAACAUAUCAAGCCGUACAGUUCCAAUUCCUGGAUGCAGUGGAAACUUUCAACCCAGACACAAUAGUGGCUUUGCUGAACUUGCAUCCUUACCAUGUGGAUGCAUUGAUCCAGUUCAGCGAUAUUUGCAAAAUGGGAGAGGAUUUUCAGAUGGCAGCUGAAUUAAUUGAACGUGCACUGUAUUGUCUCGAGAGUUGUUUUCAUGCAUUAUUCAAUGUGACACAAGGUAAUUGCCGCCUGGACUACCGGAGGAAUGAAAACAGGUCUUUGUUCUUGGCUUUAUUCAAGCACUUGAGCUUUGUUGGCCAAAGGGGAUGCUCAAGAACAGCACUAGAAUUCUGCAAACUCCUUUUAGGCCUGGACCCUGAAGGGGAUCCUUUAUGCGUGACGCUCAUGUUGGACUACUACGCUGUGCGAGCAGAGCAGUAUGAAUACCUGGUGCGCAUGUACCAGGAAUGGGACGCUGCUCGCAACCUGUCUCAUCUGCCGAACUUUGCCUUCUCUGUGCCACUGGCCAUGUUCCACAUGACGCAGGCUGGAAGCUCUACUGUUACCACAAUGGCUGAAGCUGACAGGCUUCUUCAAGAGGCUCUCCUCAUGUUUCCUGGUGCUCUGAUGCCCCUAUUGGAUAAGUGUGGUAUUCAAGCAGAUUCUGAAGUUAUUAAGCAUACCUACUUUGGAGCUGUGGCACAGUCUGAGCAACCUACUGCACUGAAGCAAUUAGUAUCACUGUACGUGGGCCGCAACUAUGUUCUUUGGAAAGAACCAGAAGUGAUCAGCUGGUUGGAACGUAACGUAAAGGAGACCAUCAAAAGGAUCAGCAACAAUGACUCUGCAGUUAAAAGCUAUCAAGAGAAGAGGAAGAAGCUGUAUCAAGGUCUACCAAGAAAUAUUGCCCGUCAUAUUCUUCUUUCUAAUAUCAAGGAAGCAAAUGUCACUAUACCACAGGACCUAGCAAAUGCACCUAUCUUUGGGUUUGAUCCUCUACCUCCUGCAGAUGCUAUUGUGUCCUACACAAGGCCUUCAAGGAGUCAGCAGUCAGGGGAUCAUGGAGUCGUCGGUGCAUUUUUUCGUUCUCUACUGCCCAGUUUCAACUUGCCAGCAGAUGCAGUGGGAAUCCAAGUAAACGACCCUGCAGCAGAGCAUCCCAGGGGAGCUGAGGGAGCUGCAGCACGUGCUGUAGAUGCAAGUGACCUGCGCCGAAGCGUCACAUCCCUCCUUGAUGCUAUGCGAGACCUUCUCAACAACAUCCACCUCACCUCAGAUGUCCCAAACGACGGUGACGUAGACAGUGAUGAUGAACGUGAAGAGUAAAUCUCGUCCAGCAUGUUUCCCGCCAUUGUGCUCACAGAAGUAGCUGCCACAUCAUGGUGGUGGCAGCCAAGUGCAGUUUUCUCUAAUUCUAAUAUGAUGUGUUACAAGGUGUUGCUGAUGUGCAGCGUGGAGUCCUGCUCUGCCUUUUUGUGCUCAUUAUUUUCGUGCAACAAGCCCACUCUCUCAACGUAGAGAAAUAUCGCUGUCUCUGCAAUACUUUUGUUUAUAAUUUUGUAGUAUUUGUAAGUAUUUCAGAAGAUCCUGGUGUAAAAUAUUUUAUCUUCAAUGUUUUAAAUGGUUAAAAUGUUUUAAAAAGUACAGAUUGGCUGCUGAAAGUGUAGCUUGGACCAUAGAUAUGUCAAUUGUUAUUGCAAGUGAGCAGUAUCCGGACUUCAAAAAAACAUUGGAAGUUCAAGUAGUUGUGCGAUGUGUGUCAAGUCAUUGCACUUCCUCACCCUAACGUAGAUGUGUUAUGCUGCACUAUCUCUGUAAUUUUUACAACCUUUCCUCCUGCUUUCUCUCUACAUUGACAAUAUUAGCAAAGGCAUGAUGUGAUAAUACAAGAAGGAAACCUUUCGACCUGAAUCACCCUCGGUUUUGUUUCUAACAAAUGCAUUGAAAGCAGUUAUUUUUCAGUUGCGUCUUACCAUCUGCCCCUGCUUUUCUUUCCUUUACAAUUUGUUGGAUGUCAUUGAAACUGAUUGGUAAAAAUUUAGAGAUCUGCCAGCCUUAAGCGGACUACUCUUUUAAAAUGUGAGCAAAUUUCACAUUCUGGCUGCAGAAAUAUAAGGCCUGUGCGGCACCCGCACCCCUGCUGUGCACUCGUGCAAUUAGCCAUGCCCAGUUGUCCCACGCAAAUGCCACUCCCUGCCAUUGUGAAAGAAUGCGAGAACAUGGACCAAGCAAUGAUACAUUACAAACAUAUGGAUACAUGCGUUGUAUUAUUACUUAGCCUUUGUUUUUUGCCUCUGCUAACUGAUAGCAAAUUGUUGCAACACUCAUACGAUGUCCUUCUGGCUGGUGGCACUCCCACCCUUGCCCUUUAUCAACUAGCACCAGGACAGAUGUUAGGGUGGUGCAGUGCCCAAGGCGCAUGCUCAUCAUGUGGCCCUGCCUGCUGCCAGCAAUAUUACUGGGUGUUUAUGGUCCUUCAGAAUAGUUUAGGCAUUUGAAAAGAAAAUUAUUUUUUAUCUGUUUGUUGACUUGUCAAUUUUGAAAAUUUUCAAAUUUGCAGAACAGUAUGAACUUUUUGACAUUUGGAUUCAUAUAACAGUGUGACAUAUUAUACAGGGUGUCUCAGUAACCAGCUAACAAUAUUUAAUUGAAAAAGUAUAAGACUGACAUUUAUCAGCAGGGAACUCUUGUCACGUCCUACAACACGUUUCAUCGAAUUUUAAUUGAAUGCCUAAAUUUGCAAAAUCAAUGCAACUUUUUUCACCAGAAACAGAAAGUGUGUGUCAGAUUUACUCCCUGCAUUACAAAAUACAUUCCCUACUACAAUGGUAAUAGCUGAAAAAAAAGUUGCAAAACCAUAGUUUCAAGACGUGCAAAUUGCUAGCCAGCCUCGGCUAUACGUGAAGAAGUGAUGCAAGGAGGACAUGGACCUGCCCCUGACCAGAUUUUUUUAUGCUUCUACCAAUAAUGGCAGCAAGGUUCACAGUUAUCUGAAACAAUGAUGAAAAAGAACAGGAAGAGGAGGGUCACCAUUUUCUUCUGCCACUUCUUGCAUUAAGUUGACGAAGAACUGGGCUCUUGCACGAACAUUGAUGAAACUCCUCAGUGCCGUCCUUCGUAGCAUUGGCAGUGCCGUGCACACAAGCGGCGUUAAGGACUAUUUUCAGCUAUCACAUUGUAGUAGGAGAUGUAUUUAGUAAUGGAAUGGGAUAAAUCCAACGUGCGCUUUCUGUUUCUUGCAAAAAACAGCAUUCCGUUGACUUCGCAAAGUUUGAAGUUCUAUUCCGGAUAUAAAAUUUAUUUCAAUUAAAAUUUGACAAAAUUCCUUGGAUGUGGCAAAAGUUCCCUGCCGAUAAAUAUCACUGAUCGCAUAUUUUUCCACAGCGUACUUUUUCAAACUUUUUUUUAUUGGUUACCGAACCACCCAAAAAUGAUGUUUCCACAUUUGACAGCGGGUUUUGCACACUCUAGCGAGAAUAAAAACGAGCACACUUCCAUGAGGAGUGUGACUGCGUUUGCAUGCUUCAACACUUGACAAGUGUCAUGGAUCACCUCAUUAAAAGCCAGAGUCCUCAACACAAACAGCUAUGCAGGCAUGGUUCCUAAUGUGGUUGCCUUGCUCAUUACUCUCCUUGCACAAACCUUGAUCAUUAUCCAGUAAAGCUCACAUACACCUACCACCAAGGGCUCACCAUUGGGAUGUAUCAGACAUAUGCUUUAAAACAGUCUCUGUCAUCCUUGAGAUGUUGAUUUCCACAGUACUCAUUCUGUGAGAGUGCUGGACUACGUAGACUUCACCCUAGCAGCUCAACAGGUAAAGCUGCUUGUAGGAAGCUAUAAUGUGGCACUGUGUUGCUGUCAACUGCAGCAGUUCAUGAGCAAAAGGCUCAGAUUUUGCUGGCAAAGGUUCCGAUUUUCCAGUGACAUCUGGAAUAAUUUAAGUACCAAAAGUGUAUUUUACCUUUAAAAUUUGAAUUAUUCAUUUUGUAGAAAUGAAUGAGUUGUCUCAGUCAAUAUCUAAUGGUUGAAAGAGAACAUGUCCCAUUGAACAGUUGAAAAUGUUCUGAACAUUUUAUUAGCCAGUUUCCUCAUUCACCUCCAAUGAAGUGAGGAUUCCUGGAUUCGAGUUUACUAAGAAAUGCAAUAGGUCUCAUUGGACAAACUGAUAAUGCAUGUGGUCACCAGCAGGUUAGCAUUGCAUUAGUAUUUGGUUAAGAAGAGAGUGGAAACUCUCCCGCCCCAUCUUCACCUAAGCUCUCUGUGUCGUAGUACACAAAAUGCAUCACAAUGGUUUGGAGAGCUUGCCACAUGAGUGUUUGUAGAAGUUAGGCAGCACACAAAGGUGUCACCAAAUAAGGACACACGAGCACUGAUCACCGUACCACAGCUGACAAAAUGCAAUCCAAGUGUAUCCCAAGACUCCAACAUGCUUUCAGGAACCAAUCUUUUGACUCAGUCUUGUUCUCUGUGAUCAAUCCUGCUUGUGGGGAUACUAAGCAGGCAAGAAGAAACGCAUGUUGCAAUGAGGCAAAGCAACGGGUGUGUGUACCAGUGUAUGAAUAUAUCGCAGUGUUCUGAGAAUGGAUAUUGCUACGCCAUGUGAGUCUGUAUUGAAAUACCUUGAGUAUGAAAAUUCCUUUGAACUUUGCUAUGGUUCAAUAUUUCACUAUCAUGGAGGAUCUCAUAGAAAAGUAUUACCAAUACUAGAGCGUGUUUGUCGGUUCCACGUGGAUACUCCCCAUUUUGGACUGAGAAUUAAGUAGAGUUGCAGGAGUACAAAUACUAUCAAAACAGGUGCAGAAAAGGCAACAAAAUCUAUGCACAUCCACAGCAGGGUGCAAAAUAGAUUCCAUAACAGGUGACAAUGUAGGCUGCACAUUUUCUACUGUAAGCACUGACAUUGGCAUCAGAGCAACAGGCCUGAGGAUUCUGGUUUGGAGUGUGAGAAUACAGAAUAAACAGUUUGCCGUGAA